AAUAAAUAUUCUCUGUGUACCCGGCAGGCAUGGUGGGCUACGGCAUGGCCAAAGCUGCUGUCCACCAGCUGUGUCAGAGCCUCGCAGCGAAGAACAGUGGGAUGCCUUCUGGAGCCGUUGCUGUGGCGAUACUACCGGUUACCUUGGAUACGCCGAUGAACAGGAAGUUCAUGCCUGACGCAGAUUUCAGCUCCUGGACGACGCUGGAGUACAUCGCAGAAAUGUUCUUCAGCUGGGCCACAGGAGUGGACCGUCCGGCUUCAGGCAGCCUGAUGCAGCUGACCACCUCCGGGGGGGAGACACAGGCCGUGGCAGCGCAGUGAAGACAGAGAGGAGACGUAAUGGGGGAGAGAGAGGAGAGAGAGAGAGAGAGACAGAUGAGAGAUGUGUAGAGAGAGAGGAGAUGAGGAAGGGGGUGUGGAGGUGAACAAGAGGGAUGGUGACAGAGAGAGACUGGGUAAAAUAAGGAGGUGGAGAAGAAACGGCUAGAUGGGUUUGUUUGGGAGGGGUGAGGAGGAGGGGUGAGGAGGAGGGGGAGGGCUUUUUAUUGUAAAAGCAGCAUCAGAGCGCCAUCUAGCUGUAAACCCGAACAAUGAACUCCAGUGUUAUAUUUCCAGUAAUGGUAUGGACGCUCUCUCUCUCUCCACUCUUUCACAACAAAUAUGGGAAAUUAGCCAAAGGAUUCUUUCACAGAUCAGGGAAGUGUGUUAAAUGAAAGAUAUUUCAUUUAAAAUGUGUGUCUAGCUCUUUUGUUGGUCAAGACUGUGUAGCAGAAUUCACCGAUUUAGACUAGGUUUAUUGGUUAAGCACCCUUAUAAUUCUGUCAUUGCAGUGUUAUUACAAUAAGGAUAGUGGAAAACAAGAAAGGCUAAUAUGGCUUUACGUUGAGUACACAGCGUCACUUCACACACACAUUAUGUCGUUGAAGUGUUUCAGUGUGAGUGCAAAAAACAUUACUCUUGCCAUUUGUACCACCUGCAAGAAAAUUGACCCUUAAAAACAAUGUACAGUAUUUACAUCAACAAGGUCCUGUCACUUUGAUUCAAUUUUAGAGAAAUUGUAAGCUUUUUAAUAGCAUGUUUUUAUGUUUUAAACAUUUAUUUUGUAUCUUUUGCCAAAGAAAAGUUGUGUUAUGCUUUCAAUAAUAGAAAGAAAAUCUGCAUUUUAAAUUAUUUGAGUUUGCCAAUAAAACUGCAAUCUGUGCUUCUCUAAGAAAAAAGCUAAAAUUAAUAAGCUGUCUCCUAAAUGUAAAUCAGCAUUCAUUCAUAGCUGCAGUCAUUUCCUUUACCAUCUGUGAAACCCAACACAUGACGGGGUCAGUGAGAUCUGUAGAGCUUUUAGUUUGGCGUCUGUGUUUCCUCCCUGAACGUCCUCAAAGAAACCUCAAAGAAAGCCGCUGUCUUCUUCUCUCGGACAAUUCUAUUUUAAGUGGAGUGGCCUUGUUUCAAGUCAAAGUGUCCUUGGUGUCCACGGUGUGAAAAUAAGGUGCUCUGUUCCUGUUUUUCUAAGUUGGGUAUGUUAACUGUGUCAAAUUCUCAAUAAAAAGAGUCGGAAUACAAUGAAAA